GAAAUCUCUUCAUACCCACCAAUUUUUUUCCUCCCAAAAACCACUCACUACUGCACCUCAGACAAAGAUUCACCACCACCACCCACCCUCCCGCCACCGCCGUAGCGGUGCCAUCAUUGCCGGUUCUCUCUUUUUAUGUUGACCUAAUUCUCUCAAGGGAAGCUAGAGAGAGAGGAAGACUUAGAGAGAGAAAGUGGUGGUUUGAGAGAGAAAUGGGGAAUUCAUUUGGGUGCUCGGCGUCCGGCGAACGGCUCGUCUCGGCGGCCAGAGACGGGGAUUUGGUGGAAGCCAAGAUGCUUCUUGACUGCAAUCCAUGUUUAGCCAAAUAUUCCACCUUCGGUGGACUCAAUUCGCCUCUCCAUUUCGCAGCCGCGAAGGGCCACAAUGAGAUUGUUGCUUUGCUGCUGGAGAAUGGAGCUGAUGUGAAUUCCAGAAAUUACUGUGGCCAGACGGCAUUGAUGCAAGCUUGUAGAUAUGGGCAUUGGGAAGUUGUUCAGACUCUACUGCUCUUCAGAUGCAAUGUCACAAGGGCAGACUACUUGAGCGGAAGGACAGCUCUACAUUUUGCAGCGGUAAAUGGGCAUGUAAGAUGCAUAAGACUUGUAGUGGCUGACUUUGUCCCAAGUGCUCCUCAUGAAGCUAUCAAUGUUCAAAAUAAUGGUGAUAGAGGCGACGGUUCCAAUUUAAAGAACAAAUAUGAUCAGAGUGCUCUGGCCAAGUUUGUAAAUAAGGCAGCUGAUGGGGGUAUCACUGCUCUUCAUAUGGCUGCAUUGAAUGGGUAUUUUGAUUGUGUACAGCUCCUACUUGAUAUCCAUGCAAAUGUGUCAGCUGUGACUUUUCACUAUGGGACGUCAAUGGAUCUAAUAGGAGCAGGAAGCACUCCUUUGCAUUAUGCUGCUUGUGGGGGAAAUUUAAAGUGCUGUCAGAUCCUCCUUGCAAGAGGUGCCAGUCGGUUGAUAAACUGCAACGGGUGGCUGCCUCUUGAUGUUGCCAGAAUGUGGGGCCGUCAUUGGCUUGAACCAUUGCUGGCACCCAAUUCUGAUUCAAUAAUACCAGUGUUUCCUCCUUCCAAUUGCCUAUCUUUGCCUCUCAUGAGUGUACUUAAUAUAGCAAGAGAGUGUGGGUUGCAGUCCUCAACAACCUCCUCUGAUGAAACAGAUAUUUGUGCUGUCUGCCUUGAGAGAGCAUGUACAGUGGCUGCUGAAGGCUGUGGUCAUGAGCUUUGUGUAAGAUGUGCACUCUAUCUUUGCUCAACAAGCAACAUCCCAUCCGAAAUGGUGGGCCCACCUGGGUCCAUUCCAUGCCCUCUAUGUCGACAUGGGAUUACCUCUUUCGUCAAAUUGCCUGGUUCCCCAGCAAAGGAAAUCAAACUACACCUGUCUCUUGGCCUCUGCACCCCAUGCAUGCUGCACCCCCGUGAAUCAGACCGGCCAUCACCUGCUUGUACUCCCGAGAUCCGAAAGAAUCGUGUGGCUUCAGUUUCUUCAGAUAUUCUCUGCCCUGUCUCUUGUAGCCCAUUUCCUUCUGUCACCAUCCCUUUGUGCACCUGUGAUGACGGCCCCUGCCCUUUUGAACCCCGGGAGGUAGAAACACAAGAUGAGUCUCCUCGUCGUUCACAAACCACAUCAAUAGAUCAGGAUAAAAUGGAAGGAGCAAGACUGGAAAGAACAAGCUGUUCAAGCAUGUUUUGGGGCAGAAGAAGCUGUAGCAGGGAGCAUCAAUGCAACUCCGAAAUAAAUGCUUGACUGAUUUGGUGGAUGAUCCAUUCUGAUUUCCUACUCAAAUAGAAUUUUGAAAACA